CUCGUUGUCAGCAGCGGUCGCCCGCUUCAUCCCAUCAGGCCCCGCUUGGUCCCGGCAACAACAUGGCGGAUCCGAGGGAGAAGGCGCUUCAGGAUUACAGGAAGAAAUUAUUAGAGCACAAAGAGAUCGACGGCCGCUUGAAAGAGUUGAGAGAGCAACUGAAAGAACUAACAAAGCAGUAUGAGAAGUCUGAAAAUGACCUCAAAGCCCUUCAGAGUGUGGGACAGAUUGUUGGUGAAGUGCUGAAACAACUUACAGAAGAGAAAUUUAUUGUAAAGGCUACAAAUGGACCACGAUAUGUUGUUGGCUGCCGUCGACAGCUUGAAAAAAGCAAGUUGAAACCAGGGACUAGAGUUGCCCUGGAUAUGACAACUUUAACUAUAAUGAGGUAUUUGCCAAGAGAAGUGGACCCAUUGGUAUACAACAUGUCUCAUGAAGAUCCAGGAAAUGUUACAUAUUCAGAGAUUGGUGGAUUGGCUGAACAGAUUAGAGAACUAAGAGAGGUUAUAGAGUUACCACUUACAAACCCAGAAUUGUUCCAGCGUGUGGGAAUCAUUCCUCCAAAAGGAUGCCUCCUUUAUGGACCACCAGGUACAGGAAAAACACUCCUAGCAAGAGCUGUUGCUAGUCAAUUAGACUGCAACUUCUUAAAGGUCGUAUCCAGCUCUAUUGUUGAUAAGUACAUUGGCGAAAGUGCUCGUUUAAUCAGAGAGAUGUUCAACUAUGCCAGAGAUCAUCAACCAUGUAUCAUUUUUAUGGAUGAGAUAGAUGCUAUUGGUGGUCGCCGCUUCUCUGAAGGUACCUCAGCUGAUCGUGAGAUUCAACGAACACUUAUGGAGCUGUUGAAUCAGAUGGAUGGCUUUGAUACUCUUCACAGAGUUAAAAUGAUAAUGGCUACAAACAGACCAGACACAUUGGAUCCUGCUUUGUUGCGUCCUGGAAGACUAGAUAGAAAGAUUCAUAUUGAACUUCCAAAUGAGCAAGCAAGAUUGGAUAUUUUGAAGAUCCAUGCUGGACCUAUCACGAAGCAUGGUGAAAUAGACUAUGAAGCAGUUGUCAAGUUGUCAGAUGGAUUUAAUGGUGCUGAUUUAAGAAAUGUCUGCACCGAAGCAGGUAUGUUCGCAAUACGUGCUGAUCGUGAUUACGUCAUCCAGGAAGACUUUAUGAAGGCUGUCCGAAAAGUUGCUGAUUCUAAAAAGCUAGAAUCCAAACUUGAUUAUAAACCUGUAUAAGUUUACCAACCUUUUUUUUAAACUGUGAUUGUGCGGUUGUAAAGUGGUUUAAGUGGCAUAUAUACAUUAAAAGGGAUAAGAGCUAGAUGACAUAUACUGUAAUUCAUUACAAGUGUAUAAUAAAUGCUGCAGUAGGUGACCACUGAAUUUGGUGUUCUGCUGCACUAUAUAUGUAAUGAUCCAUUUUUAAGCCUUAAUUUGGCCACUGGCAACAAUAUUCUAUUGAAAUCAUUCUAGAAAAGAAAAUAUCGUCACUGAGGCAUGCCUGUCUUAGUGUAAUGUAAUCCCUUGUACUCAAGACAUUGCUCCACAUGACAGUUUAUAGGUAUUUGAUUAAUUUUGCCCAUAACUCAAUAAAAUUUAAAUUUACAAGAACGUGAUCAGCUAUUUGUUGAAUAUAUACAUUAGCAGAUAUCCUGUGGCUUUGUAUAUAAUGAGUCAGUUUUUCAUCAAACAGGGGUGUUGGUAAAGUUGCCUUGGGAUUUGUGAGCACUGAGCAAAGGACAGAAGAUCUGGUGGAACCGGGAUAGAUAAAGUCUGGAGCUGUAGAAUUUUUGUUAUGUGGUCCCAGAAGUAUCAAAACAGAAUAUUUAAUCUUAGUGCACUAAUAGUUUUGCCAACAUUUUAAUAAAAUAUUUCCAUUAACAAAAAAUACCAUAAUACAAAAUUCUCUCAAGAUUUUUUUUGUUUCUAAGAAUUUAUAUAGAGUUCAUGUAGCCUCAAAUAGUUUUGAAGAAACUGUUUUAGCUGAAGAUAACAGCUGAAGUAGAAGUGAAUUACUAAAGAUAAUCUUUGUGUUAUCUCUGUGAAAAAACUAUAAUCAAAAGUACCAUUGAACACGUGUUUCCAGUCUGCAGAGUUUAUAAAUACACAAUAGCAUUUAAUAAAUGUACAAAAACAUUGAAUAAAUUUAAUCAUGUCUGGGAAAAA